CCAUCAAUGAAAUAUGAGUCACUUGCGGUUGCUUGCUGAUACUCUGAAAUGUUGUGGCAUUUCUUCCUUUGUGAAGAAGAAUGUAAACAAGACAGUAUUUUGGCCAAGUCGGCCUUAUGUUACCCCUGGAGUCAAAGAACCAUUUUUGAGUGGGAGCAAUUCAACCUAUGUUGAAGAAAUGUAUUAUGCAUGGCUUGAAGAACCAAAUAGCGUGCAUAAGUCUUGGGAUUUAUUUUUCCGUAAUGCUACUGCUAAAGCUCUUCCUGGACAGCCCCUCCCUUCAUCUUUGCCAGACCUUUCUGAAGCGAAAACGUCCCUCGUCCAAAGCCAUAGGCUGACUAAAGCACCUGGUAAGGCUGAGAAGCUGGUUGAAGACCAUCUGGCAGUCCAAUCCUUGAUUAGAGCCUACCAGAUCCGGGGACACCACGUGGCUCAGUUGGAUCCCUUAGGAAUCCUGGAUGCUGAUUUGGAUUCAUUCGUUCCAUCGGAUUUAAUCACUACUAUAGAUAAACUGGAGUUUUAUGGCUUGUACGAAUCCGACUUGGACAAAGUCUUCCGAUUGCCCACAACUACCUUCAUAGGAGGAAAUGAGACGAUGCUUUCUCUACGGGAGAUUAUCAAGCGACUGGAGAAUACCUAUUGUCAACACAUAGGGCUGGAAUUUAUGUUUAUUAAUGAUGUGGAACAGUGUGAUUGGAUCCGGCAGAAGUUUGAGAUGCCCGGUGUCAUGAAAUUUAACAACGAAGAAAAACGGACAUUGUUGGCCAGAUUGGUACGAUCCACAAGGUUUGAGGAUUUCCUGGCUAGGAAAUGGUCAUCAGAAAAGCGCUUUGGCUUGGAAGGAUGCGAAGUCAUGAUUCCUGCUCUUAAAACGAUCAUUGAUAAAUCAAGUGAAAUGGGAAUUGAAUAUGUUAUAAUGGGCAUGCCCCACAGAGGAAGACUGAAUGUGUUGGCAAAUGUUAUUCGAAAAGAACUUGAACAAAUAUUUUGUCAAUUUGAUCCAAAGCUUGAAGCAGCAGAUGAGGGAUCUGGAGAUGUAAAAUAUCAUUUGGGAAUGUAUCACGAGCGAAUCAAUCGAGUAACGAACAAAAAGAUAACCCUGUCCCUUGUGGCCAACCCAUCUCAUUUGGAAGCGGUAGAUCCUGUUGUCCAAGGCAAAACCAAAGCUGAACAGUUUUACCGAGGGGAUACCGAAGGAAGAAAGGUUAUGUCUAUACUUCUACAUGGAGAUGCAGCCUUUGCUGGUCAAGGAGUGGUUUAUGAAACAUUCCAUCUGAGUGAUCUUCCACCAUAUACCACAAAUGGCACUAUUCAUGUUGUGGUCAACAAUCAGAUUGGUUUUACUACAGACCCACGAAUGGCUCGGUCCUCUCCCUAUCCAACAGAUGUGGCCCGGGUAGUCAAUGCACCCAUAUUCCAUGUGAACGCUGAUGAUCCAGAAGCAGUGAUGUAUGUCUGCAGUGUUGCUGCCGAGUGGAGAAACACUUUUAACAAAGAUGUGGUUAUAGAUCUGGUUUGUUAUCGAAGACGAGGCCAUAACGAAAUGGAUGAGCCCAUGUUCACUCAACCACUGAUGUACAAGCAGAUUUCAAAGCAGGUGCCAGUGUUGAAAAAGUAUGCUGACCAGCUGAUUGCCGAUGGGGUGGUCACGCUGCAAGAGUUUGAGGAAGAAAUUGCAAAGUAUGAUAAGAUUUGUGAAGAAGCUUACACCAGGUCCAAAGAUAAUAAAAUUCUCCGAAUUAAACACUGGCUGGAUUCUCCAUGGCCAGGGUUUUUUAACUUGGAUGGAGAACCGAAGAGUAUGACCUGUCCUCCCACAGGCAUCCCUGAGGAGCUACUGACUCAUAUUGGCCAAGUUGCCAGCUCUGUGCCCCUUGAAGGCUUCAAAAUACAUGGAGGACUUUCUCGGAUUUUGAAAAGUCGACUAGAAAUGACCACAAACCGGCUUGUUGACUGGGCCCUGGGAGAAUACAUGGCCUUUGGGUCCUUAUUGAAAGAGGGCAUUCAUGUCCGGUUAAGUGGUCAGGAUGUAGAACGGGGGACUUUCAGCCAUCGCCACCAUGUGCUGCAUGAUCAAAAUGUCGACAAAAGGACUUGUGUUCCUAUGAAUCACCUGUGGGAGCAACAGGCUCCUUAUACCGUGUGCAAUAGCUCUCUUUCAGAAUACGGAGUCUUGGGUUUUGAACUUGGUUUUGCAAUGUCGAGUCCCAAUGCGCUUGUAUGCUGGGAAGCUCAGUUUGGUGAUUUUCACAACACCGCCCAGUGCAUCAUUGACCAGUUCAUCAGUUCUGGCCAAGCCAAGUGGGUCCGUCACAAUGGAAUCGUCCUUCUUUUGCCCCACGGAAUGGAAGGAAUGGGUCCGGAGCAUUCAUCAGCCAGGCCGGAGAGGUUCCUUCAGAUGAGUAACGAUGAUCCCGAUGCAUUCCCUCAAUUCAAAGAUGACUUUGAGGUUUCUCAGCUCUAUGACUGCAAUUGGAUCGUGGUGAACUGCUCAACACCAGCCAGCUAUUUCCACGUCCUCCGAAGGCAGAUACUGUUGCCCUUCAGGAAACCG